CCAUAGUAAAGUGAAUGUAUACGAAUGUGAUUGCUAUGCUGAAUGUCGUGCUAGUUUUGCAUGUAAAUUGAUCCCCCGCCUAGUCUGAAAGCGUCACUGUUUAGCCGCCAUCUUUGGACGAAGAGGUUGUUAGAACGACAUCCCAAAGUAUCCAGUGUCAUCUAGCACUUUAUACAGGUUAAAACAAAAUAAAUCUCCAAAAUGGCGGAAGAAGGUGAGAAUGAACUGUUGGACUACGAGGAGGAGGAACAGGAGACCACCACCGAGGCGGCCGGAGACACCGCAGUGCAGAAGAAAGAAGUGAAGGGUUCUUACGUCUCCAUCCACAGCUCCGGUUUCAGGGAUUUCCUGCUGAAACCCGAGCUCCUCCGCGCCAUCGUUGACUGCGGUUUUGAGCAUCCUUCAGAGGUUCAGCACGAAUGCAUUCCCCAGGCGAUUCUGUCUAUGGAUGUCCUCUGCCAGGCCAAGUCUGGUAUGGGCAAGACUGCCGUCUUUGUCCUCGCCACGCUGCAGCAGAUUGAACCAGUUGACGGCCAGGUUGCUGUGUUGGUGAUGUGCCACACCAGGGAGCUGGCCUUCCAGAUUAGCAAGGAGUACGAACGCUUCAGCAAGUACAUGCCAACCAUCAAGAAUGCGGUGUUCUUCGGUGGCAUGCCAAUCCAGAAGGACCGCAACACUCUGAAGACCAACUGUCCUCACAUCGUGGUGGCGACGCCUGGGCGGCUCCUGGCCCUGGCGCGGGACAAGUCGCUUAACCUGAAGCACGUCAAGCACUUCAUCCUGGACGAGUGUGACAAGAUGCUCGAACAACUAGACAUGCGCCGAGAUGUCCAGGAGAUCUUCCGCAUGACUCCUCACGAGAAGCAGGUCAUGAUGUUCAGCGCCACCCUCAGCAAGGAGAUCCGCCCCGUCUGCAAGAAGUUCAUGCAAGAUGUGGUGAUAUUCGUGAAGUCCGUGCAGCGUUGCAUCGCACUCGCCCAGCUGUUGGUGGAGCAGAACUUCCCCGCUAUCGCCAUCCACAGGGCCAUGGGCCAGGAGGAGAGGCUGAAACGAUACAACCAGUUCAAGAACUUUGAGCGUCGAAUCCUCGUGGCGACCAACUUGUUCGGGCGCGGCAUGGAUAUCGAACGAGUUAACAUCGUCUUCAACUAUGACAUGCCCGAAGAUUCUGACACAUACCUGCACAGAGUUGCCCGUGCAGGCCGUUUCGGCACGAAGGGUCUGGCCAUCACGUUUGUCAGCGACGAGAAUGACGCCAAGGUUCUGAACGAAGUCCAGGACCGGUUCGAGGUGAACGUGUCUGAGCUUCCCGAUGAGAUCGACAUCAGUUCAUACAUUUGACCAAGAAAUUCUGUAAAUUUUCCAGUCCAACUUUUUUGUCAAAUGAUAAACUGGUAGUGUCUCAAAUAAUGUGGUUCACUUUCUCUGUAUUUUCGAAAUAUGAGGAAACGUACAUUGAUGGGUAUAUGUAGAUUUUGUCAGUUCUUGUGUAAUAGGAAGGAAUCGUAGUCAUAAGUUACCAUGUAUUUCUUCUUUUCUUUGUUGAGAUGUAUUUUUAGUGACAAAGUUCUUAGACUCAACUGUAUUAGUUUUCCACACCAAAAUUUCCUGUAUCGUCAACUCCAAUGACAUAAUGAGUACUGUUGAAGAAGCUUAGUGCUACGUCAACAGUAUAAAACAUAGCAGUGCAACUAAACUAUAAUACACGAGGCAAGAUUCCAUAUCUCUAACAUACAUCCUCGCAGCCCUCUAGAGCCAACCUACUUGGAGGAGUUUUUCUACGUUUUAUUGUCCUUCGGUUUUAGCCAACCAGUGAGUUUAGAAUUGAUUCCAGAGGCAGUUAAACUUAAAGGUCUGGUGAACCUGUGCCUCAAGAUUUUUAGUCUGUGACUUUUCUAUCAGUAAGAUGUGAUGACAAAGAUCACUGUGAUCAUGUAUAAAUUAGGUGAUUGUUUCCCCGAAUGAAAACUGUUGUGUGUUCGAUUGAAUAAAUUUCUCUGUUACACGUGA